CUGAAGUACGUCAAGGGCCUGGCUGCUUGGAUGUCCAUGAAGAAGCCUGCUGCCUCCGGUGUAUAGAGUGACCUUUCUGAUUGGUCCGUGUAUAAACCAGAGUAGUAUAUGUGUGUCAGGUCUGGUGAUGCUUGUCUUUCAUGUGGUGUCCAUGUUGAAAGUGGAGAAUUGAGGAAGGGGAAAAAAGACAAAGUUAAUGUGUGUCUGAGGUCAGCAGGCUUCUGCACAGAAGACCACAGAGCAGCACAGCAGAGACGUAGAGAGGCUCGAGUUCCUCACACAGACCACCGGGGAGCUGACCAGUGUUGCUGUCUGACACUAAGAAUCAGAAAAGAUGAAGGUCGGUGGAGACGCCAUGCUGCUGCUUCUCCUCUGUAAGUAUCAACUCAACGGAUGGGCAGUCCUCUAACUGUCUGGAGCUUCACAGUGACGUCCCUCCCAGGUGACACCGUGUCUCUGAACUGUUCACUCAGCAGUGGUAACUCUCCGAUGCUUUGGUACAGACAGUUGUCCUGCCAGCCUCCUCAUGCCAUACUGCAGACAGUUGGAGCUCAGUCUUCAGAAUACUCUCUCUACACUAAAUCUGGAGAGAAGUUCACAUGUAAAGAAGGUCACACUUUAGUCAUCAAGAAUGUAACCCACAAUGACACUGCAAUUUACUACUGUGUCAGUCCCAAACAAGACCCCCUCAUGUUCAACGAUGGGAUUCACCUCACUGUGAACGAAAGGGAAAAUCCAAGUAACUUCAGCAACUCAGAAUAUUCCACCGCAGGUGCAGUUACACCAACUGACCAGACAAAAUUAGAUAAAUCUUUAGGGACCAGCUGGAUCUCCAUUACUUUGGCUUCUUGCCUGGCGGUCUCCAUGGUGGCUGUUAUCGUCCUCACAGUGUGUACCAUUUCACUUUGGAGACAGGGGAGGGCACCUUCCAGAAGACAGAAUACAGACAUCCUCAAUCCGCAAUCCUUAAGUGCUGAGGAUCCCAAUACAAUUUAUUCUACUAUUAACGGACCAGAAGAGCAGCAACAGAACGGCACUAAACCCUUCAUGUCGACAUACGCCAUGGUAAAAAUGAUGUGACAUGUCUUUUGGGAAAAGAUUUAGGAUUUAAGAUUUGUUUGAUAGUAGGAUGAGUGAGACCCUCCUUAUCCUCUAAAUGGCACAAUUUUCAUGUAUUCAUAUACGUUGCACUUUAGUUUCACCAUGUUGAAGAAUGGUGAGUGACUUUUUAUGAAGUUUGUGAUUGCCAGGUGCAAUACAGAAAUCAAUGCAUUAUGGGAAUGUUAUAUUUUAUUCUAUGAGUUGUCUUUCACCCUGUAGAGCAGGGAUGCCAGAAGGAGAUCCAGGAGGCCUACCCUGGCUGCAGGUUUCAUUCCAGCCACUUUCUGAAACUUUUCUCAAUGUUUUCUUUUAUGAUUCACAACCCUCAAUUGUUCCUUUCUUCUGUAAUCUAAGCCAAAGUAUAAUGAGAUAUGAAGCAAGAUAACAUCUGAUCAGCUAACUCAGGACUCAGGUCCUGGAUUGUCACUGUUUCUUAAUUAGAAGCCAUUUCUCAAUGUUAAUGACACCCCUUAUUUAAUAUAUUUCUCAUACUUCCACCACAGAUAUGUCCAAUAUUGUUAAUUUACUUUUUCUGAGAACUACAUCUGAAUGUUUUGUGGACCAAAGCAGAUCCAGGUUUUGUAGACUUUUACUUGUUUCCUCUUCAGAUAUGCUAUUGGCACAGAUAUUGCUCCAGAACGUGCAGGAUGGAUAAGUUGUGGUUGAUUGUGAAAACGACUGUAAACGCAGCACAUCGGCAAGUGAUGUAUAUGAGGUGCACCACUGGACUUUGUCAUGUUGGGUAUAAAAGAUGCUUGUGAAGGGUUAUCUCACUGAGAUACCGCUGGCAGAUUGUGUACUGUCAGAACAUUAGAACAAUUUGGAUGAGAGCAGGCCAUUUAGCCCAACAAAGCCCGCCAAACCCCUCAACUUAAUCCACCAAAAUAUCAUCAAGUCGGAUUUUGAAGGUCCCUAAAGUCUUACUGUCUACCACCCUACUUUAUCAUUUAUUCCCAUAUGUCUGCGGUACUCAGAAUGGACAUGUGGAAUAAGUUAGCGACCAAACAUUCCCCGUCAAAGAGAAUGUCAGCCAUAAGUCCAGCUCUUGGGAAGGCAGAUUAUCCUCACUGGAGAUCAAUACUUAUGUUAGAUGGAAUGCAGAGCACAGUGAGGCGAGUAUGGCGUCAGUGGGUAGAGGAGGAAAUGAGGGUCUGGUUUACCCUGACAAACAAAUGAAUUGAAGGAUUGACCUCUCAUGCAAAUGGCAGUGAUGGUUCGAAUGGCCACAUCACAGUUUCUAGCCCAAUAAUUGGGGUCUUUCACAUGUCAGCUGCUGUCCAAAUGUACUGUGUGAUCGCUGUGAAUUACAUUAGAUAUUCACUUAAGCAGAAGUGCACCAACCUUCUGAUACUCUUAACCACCAUUUCUGAACCAUGAUAGACAGAUCUACGUACGGAGGUAUUGCAACUGCUAUGGUUCUAAGAACACCGCCAAUGGUAGGAUGACUGGUAUGGUAUUGAUAUGGUGGACCAUCAGAUCUUAAUUAAUAGAUUAGAGCUGUUAGGAGUCUCUGGCUCUGCUUUGGACUGGUUCUCCUCUUAUUUGUCGAAUAGGAGUUUCUCAGUCGGUGUGGCUGGCUUUUCAUCCAACUCUGUUCCUUUGACAUGUGGAGUGCCAAAGGGCUUGGUUCUUGGACCUGGACUUUUCUCUUUACAUAUUCUUCCCCUAUCACAGAUUCUUAACUCUUUUAAGGACAUCUCGUAUCAUCUCUAUGCAGAUGAUAUACAGCUUUUUUUUUCAUUUAAGCCUAACCAAAUUAAUACUUUGGUCACAUUGGUUGAUUGUCUGUCUCAGGUUAACGACUGGCUCAGUAGUUAACUACCUGCAGUUGAAUUUAGGAAAGACUGAGGUACUAAUUGUUGCUCCUCCUGUUCUUCAUUCAUGAGAUUAUCUUAAAAUUAUCUUCUGUCUCUCCUGUUAUUAAGUCGAGUCUAAGAAACCUUGGGGUUAUUUUUGACCAGUCCCUGACACUUGAUGAAUAUGUAAGGUCCGUCAGCUGCUCGUGUUUCUUUCAUUUAAGAAAUCUUUCAAAACUAAGAAAUGUUGUUUCAAAGUCAGAAUUGGAGAUGCUUGUUCAUUCUUUUAUUUCCUCACGGCUUGAUUACUGUAAUGCUCUCUUUAUGGGUUUGAGCAAGUCCUUUCUCUCUCACGUCUUCAGUUAGUUCAAAAUGCAGCUGCCAGGAUCCUAACUCACACUAGCCAGAAUGAUCAUAUCACCCCCAUUCUGGACACACUGCACUGGCUCCCAGUGCUUUAUAGAAUUCAUUUUAAAGUUUUGGUACUUACUUUCAGAGCUUUGCAUGGACAAGCUCCGAAAUACAUAACCAGCCUGCUCCAAUGUCAUACAGCUUGUCGGACUCUCAGAUCUGAGCAACAGGGCCUUCUAGUUGUCCCCCGCACACUAGCCUGCCUUGUGGUCUGCGCACAGCCGAGUCUGUUGAUUCUUUUGGAAAACAACUGAAAACAUUUCUUUUUAAACAGGCUUUUAAUCAGUGCUGAAUAGUUCCUGGUUGUUCAUUUAUUAUUUUUAUGGGUAUUGUUAAUGUUUUGUUUUAACUGUUGUAUUUGUACUGGAUUUGUUGUUCAUCUCUCUGUGAUCUUUUGUCUGUGAAGGGAGCUAUAUAAAUAAACUAUUAACUAACUAACUAACUAACUAACUAACUAACUAACUAACUAACUAACUAACUAACUAACUAACUAACUAACUAACUAACUAACUAACUAACUAACUAUUGUGUUUUUGGAUGAGCAGCACGAUGAUGGACAGAUGCAUGUGCUGAGAUAACGCAGAGAUAGGCACCUGUAGGUAUGCACUUUCCAGUAGCAGGAAUGCUGAAGGGUGCCAUUGGGUUCCAUUCCUGCUCCCACCUCUUGUGCAUUGCUGAUAGCCUCACCAGCCAGCUGUAGUGCUGCCACAUAAAGAUAUUAUGCUUAUUAUCUACUAUCUAUUAUCUACUACUAUUAUCUAAGGUGUUGGAGGCUGAGAUAUCACCCUACGUGCAGAAGUUCCUUGGUGUCAUAUUCCAAUUGGACAAUAUUCAACCACUUGUAGCACUAAAUGUCUUGCAGUUCCUGAAUAUUCCUAGCCCACACGCUCAAUGGAUUUGUCCCCCAAUGAGCAUGUCUGGGACUUUGGACAAGUAAAGAUGCUGCAUGGUAUGCCAUUCCAUAAAGACACAUCCAACAUCUCUUCCUGUCCUGUUUAUUUCCACAUGUGGUGUACGGACCAAAUGCUGAUUAUUGUGCACUCUGCACGUGCAACUGAGUUGUACUUCUAAUUAUGUACACAAUGUGCCAUAAAUGAUCUUCCAUAGAAAUAUUACAUUCAUAUCUGAUGUUAUUCUUGGUGUUGCAAUUUGAAUAGCCAGCAAAGUAUGAUGGACUCACAGGAGUAAACCGUAUUGUGUCAGGUGGUCAUCUUUUGGUCUGCUUUGCUCUCCGUUAUUGUUCGGCUGCUCGUUAAGGAACAGAGAAGCAAUGAAGGGUUGUGAAUCCUAAAAAGCAAGUUGAUAAAAUUGAAAGCGAAAGAAAUCUGAACAAGUGUUUGCAGAAAUUUUAAAAAGUGAGCAACCUAAGAUCUGCCGCGAGGCUUGACAUCCCUGCUGUAGACUUCUUCUGUUGUUUUGAUGGUUUAUGAUGUUUCAUUUUCUACAAAGCCGUCUAGGUAGCAAACCAUGAGGUACAAUCAGCCAUUUUACUUGAGUUAAAUAUGUUUAUUUAAAUAAA